CCACGAUUCUCCAUUUCGAAUUCCUCCGUCCCUCCAUCAACGUCCAUAUUCAUGGCUGUGCGGUACGCGUUGCGAAAGGGUAGCAAUGUCCGCUGCACCGCCGGCAUCCACCGCCGCUUCGUGAGCACGUUUAGCGGUGACUGCUUGAGCUUGGAGACGCGGCCGAACGGCGUCGCGAUCGUCCGUCUGGACGACAAGACCGCCAAGGUGAACACGUUGAACGCGGCCAUGACCAAAGAACUCGUGACGGUGUUGGACAAGGUAGAGUCGGACGCGGACAUCAAGUCCGUGGUGCUGAUCUCCAGCAAACCGGGCUGCUUCAUUGCCGGCGCCGACAUUGCGCAGCUGCAAGCCGCCACGUCCGAGGCCGAAGUGAAGAAGCUCUCGUCGAACGGACAAGUGUACAUGAAUCGUAUCCAGAGCUCCAAGAAGCCGUUCGUGGCGGCCAUUGACGGGUCGUGCUUGGGCGGCGGGCUGGAAGUCGCGCUCGCGUGCCACUACCGCGUGGCAUCGUCGGGUAAAAAGACGCAGCUGGCGCUGCCCGAGGUGAUGCUCGGCUUGCUGCCAGGCGCCGGCGGCACCCAGCGUCUCCCUAAGUUGGUGGGCCUGCAAGCGGCCCUCGACAUGAUGCUCACGGGCAAGAACAUCAAGCCCGACAAGGCGUUGAAGUUGGGACUAGUCGACCAGGUGGCCGAUCCGUAUGCGCUCGAGAACGCCGCGAUCGACGCCGCGGAAGGGCUGGCGUCCGGCAAGACGAAGAAGAAGACCAAGGCCAAGGGUGUGGUCAACCGACUGUUGGAGGACACGCCGCUGCGCAGCAUUGUGUUUCAAAAGGCCGGCGAAAUGGUGGCCAAAAAGACGGGCGGCCACUACCCCGCGCCCAAGCUCAUCUUGGAAGCAGCGCAAGCGGGGUAUGCUGGCUCGAACGGGUUUGAAGUCGAGUCAACCAACUUUGCCAAGUUGAGCCAAACCCCCGAAGCCAAGGCGUUGAUGAGCAUCUUCUUUGGCCAGACCCAAUUGAAGAAGAACCGAUACGGCAAACCUUCCAAGCCCGUGCAGACCAUGGCGGUGAUCGGGGCCGGACUCAUGGGGGCGGGCAUCGCGCAGGUGUCGGCGACCAAGGGCAUCCGCGUGCUGUUGAAAGAUCGCGAUGCUGCCAGCGCCGCCAAGGGCGAAUACCAUGUCCGCAAGAGCUUGGACGACCGCGUCAAGAAGCGCCGCAUGACGGGCUACGACCGCGAUGUUGUCAUGUCGAACGUGAUUCCGUUGAGUGACCAGGAUGAAGUAUGGAAGGCCCACAUGAAGCAUGCGGAUUUGGUGAUUGAAGCCGUGUUUGAAGACAUUUCGCUCAAACACAAGGUCAUUCAAGGGCUCGAACCGUUCUUGAAUCCCGACUGUAUCGUUGCGACCAACACGUCGGCGCUCAGCGUGGCUGAAAUCGCCAAGGCGAGCCAACGGCCAGAAAAUGUGAUUGGAAUGCAUUACUUUUCCCCUGUGCCAAGCAUGCCGUUGCUGGAAAUCAUUCGGCACCCUGGCACGUCCGAUGACGUGGCGGCACGAGCGGUCGACGUUGGGUUGCGCCAGGGCAAAACGUGCAUUGUCGUAAAGGACGUUCCUGGCUUUUACGUGAACCGGUAUGUAGUAUACAACAUGGGACAGAUCCUAUUUUGUCUUUCUUUUACCCCAAAAUUUGUGCUGAUAUUCGCGAAAUCUAUCAAUUCAUUGUAUUGACUGUUGUAUGUACAAAUCGUCCAGUGUCACACUAAUUACACACUGGUCGAAAAGAUUGGAUUUGAUUGGCUACUUACGAGUGAUCUGGGUUUUGAUUGGUCACUCGAUUGUCUGCCGAUUGACUCCGAUUUCGAAUAUAUCGACAAUACUAGUUAUAUGUGACACGGCCUCGAGUGUUUACCCUGUCGCAUGGUAUAUGUGACACUAUAAUGGCGAGUAGAUGCUUGGGGCCGUAUAUUGCAGAAACAUUGGCGUUGGUGGAAUCAGGUGUCGAGAUUGAGCGCUUGGACAAGUUGAUGACCAAGUGGGGGCUUCCCGUGGGUCCGAUCACGCUGGCAGACGAAGUCGGCGUGGAUGUGGGUGCGCAUGUCAACCAAACGCUGUCGCAGGCGCUGGGCGUGCGCAUGCAGGGCGGCAACCCCGCGAUCUUUCAAGAUAUGAUUAACGCGGGGUUUCUGGGCAAGAAGACGGGCAAGGGGUUUUACAUUCAGCCUACGAACAAGAAGAGCAAGAAGACUAUCAACCCCGAAGCGGUGGCGAUUGUACACAAGUACCAGACCCGCGACCUCAAGCUGUCGGACGAAGACGCGACCAACCGCCUCAUCUCGCGGUUUGUGAACGAAGCGAUUUUGUGCGUUCAGGAUGAAAUCAUUGCCAGCCCCACCGAGGGAGACAUUGGCGCAGUGUUUGGGAUUGGGUUUCCGCCCUUCCUAGGCGGCCCCUUCCGAUACGUGGACCGCAUCGGGACGGCGAAAUUCAACGACCAGCUGCUUCGGUAUGCUGACAACUAUGGCGACCAGUUUACGCCGGCGCCGCUGCUCCAAGACUUGGCCAAAACCAACAAGACGUUUCAUUAACAGAGAUGGUUAUAUAUCACGACGAGGACUACGAGUAAGUAUUCAUCACUAACAUGUCCUUUUUUAUACUAUGGAACUACUAAAA